GAAGGCUUCCAAAGGUCCUCAAAUGAUAGGGAAAGAGAGUCCAUAAAAUCUCUCCCACCUCUCUCUCUCUCCCCCUUCAAUUUCCACAUUCCAAAUCUCUCUCCCUUUCUCUCUUCAUAAAAGAAAAGAAAAAAGAAACUAGAGCACUGUCAACCAUGUCCUCCUCUUUCUCAGCUCCCUUUCUCUCUCCUCCGGUAGCUUCCGGACGCCGUGCGUGGCGGAGGGUGGCGGUGGCGCCGGUAACAACAGCUCCGGCUGAGGUGGCGGUGGAGGAGUCAAGGCUAGAGGCUAGGGUGGAGGAGAGAGAAGGGUAUUGGGUGGUGAAGGAGAAGUUUAGAGAAGGGAUAAAUCCACAAGAGAAAGUGAAGAUAGAGAAAGAGCCAAUGAAGCUUUUCAUGGAGAAUGGUAUUGAAGAGCUUUCUAAGUUGUCAAUGGAGGAAAUUGAUGCUUCUAAGCUUACUAAAGAUGAUGUUGAUGUUAGACUCAAAUGGCUUGGCCUUUUCCAUAGAAGAAAACAUCAAUAUGGGAGAUUUAUGAUGAGAUUAAAGCUGCCAAAUGGGGUGACAACAAGCGAACAAACGAGAUAUUUAGCCAGUGUAAUUCGGAAGUACGGCAAAGACGGCUGCGCCGACGUGACGACGCGGCAGAAUUGGCAGAUACGCGGCGUGGUUCUGGCGGACGUGCCGGAAAUUCUGAAGGGACUGGCCGGAGUUGGGCUGACGAGUCUACAGAGUGGAAUGGACAACGUAAGAAAUCCGGUUGGAAAUCCCCUCGCCGGCAUAGAUCCCGAGGAGAUCAUUGACACAAGACCUUACAACAAUUUGCUCUCGCAAUUCAUCACUGGAAAUUCCCUUGGAAAUCCUGCGUUCACCAAUUUGCCAAGAAAGUGGAAUGUGUGCGUGAUAGGAUCACACGAUCUAUACGAACACCCUCACAUAAACGACCUUGCAUACAUGCCCGCCACAAAGAACGGGCGAAUGGGGUUCAAUGUGCUGGUGGGUGGGUUCUUCAGCGCCAAGAGGUGCGCUGAGGCGGUGCCACUCGACGCCUGGGUGCCCGAAGAGGACGUCGCCCCUCUCUGCGGUGCCGUCUUGGAGGCCUACAGGGACCUCGGCACCAGAGGCAACCGCCAGAAAUGUAGAAUGAUGUGGCUCAUCGAUGAACUCGGCAUAGAAGGAUUUAGAGCUGAAGUAGUAAAGAGAAUGCCAAGACAAGAGUUGGAGAGAGCCUCAUCAGAGGAUUUGGUAAAGAAGCAAUGGGAAAGAAGGGAUUAUUUUGGAGUCCAUCCACAAAAACAAGAAGGUUUAAGCUUUGUAGGACUUCACAUUCCUGUUGGUCGAGUUCAAGCUGAUGAAAUGGACGAGUUGGCUCGACUAGCCGAUGAAUAUGGGACAGGGGAGCUAAGAUUGACGGUAGAACAAAACAUAAUUAUUCCCAACAUUCAAAACGCAAAGGUAGAAGCCUUACUCAAAGAGCCUCUAUUAGACAAAUUUUCACCAGAACCACCAAUUCUCAUGAAAGGAUUGGUAGCUUGCACUGGCAAUCAAUUCUGUGGACAAGCCAUUAUAGAGACCAAAGCUAGGGCCUUGAAGGUGACUGAGGAGGUGCAACGGCGAGUCACGGUGACCCGACCAGUGAGAAUGCAUUGGACUGGUUGCCCAAAUACCUGUGGCCAGGUUCAGGUUGCUGAUAUUGGGUUCAUGGGGUGCAUGGCAAGGGAUGAGAAUAAGAAGCCUGUUGAAGGGGUUGAUGUUUUCUUGGGUGGGAGAAUUGGGAGUGACUCACAUUUGGGAGAUGUGUACAAAAAGGCUGUCCCUUGUAAGGACUUGGUGCCCUUGGUUGUGGACAUUCUUGUACAACAUUUUGGGGCUGUCCCAAGGGAAAGAGAGGAAGAAGAAGAGGACUAAGUUGUAGGACCAAGUUUGGAGUCUUUGAACAUAUUGGAAGAUAUUUUACAAAGCAAUUUGUCAAAUGGGUCAAUACAACUUUGGUACAUUCAAAUAGACAGCCAUUUUGAUGUAACUAAUCUUGUAAGAUUUGUAUUUCAAGGUUUGUAAUCAUACCACCCAUAUGUUCAUUAACUGAUUAAUGAAGAAAAGGGCAAUAAGAUUUGCAUUGUGCAUUCAAUUA